CCUAGCCCGGCCCAGCCCAGCCCGCCUGGGCCUCCCGGUUCCGGCGCCGCUCCGGUGCAUUGUGGGAGCCCGGGCCCCGCGCUCGGAGGAGGCGGAGGGCGCGGCGCGCACCGGUGGGUCCGUGAAGAGCCCUGCCCGCUCCCAGAGGGCUGGGAGGAGCUGGGUCUGGAGGUGGUGUGAGCCCCAGAACCAUGUCGACGCGAGAGACCUUUAAUCCCGAAACAUACGAAUUGGACAAGAGCUUCCGGCUGACCCGCUUCACUGAACUCAAGGGUACGGGCUGCAAAGUGCCCCAAGAUGUGCUGCAGAAAUUACUGGAGUCCUUGCAGGAAAACCACUUCCAGGAGGAUGAGCAGUUCCUGGGGGCCGUUAUGCCCCGGCUCGGCAUCGGCAUGGACACAUGCGUCAUCCCGCUCCGGCAUGGUGGCCUGUCACUGGUGCAAACCACCGACUAUAUCUACCCCAUUGUCGACGACCCCUACAUGAUGGGCAGGAUCGCCUGUGCCAACGUCCUCAGCGACCUGUACGCCAUGGGGGUGACGGAGUGCGACAAUAUGCUGAUGCUCUUGGGGGUCAGCAACAAGAUGACUGACAGGGAGAGGGAUAAAGUCAUACCCCUAAUUAUACAGGGCUUCAAAGAUGCGGCUGAGGAGGCGGGGACGUCCGUGACGGGUGGCCAGACGGUGCUGAACCCCUGGAUCGUCCUGGGAGGUGUGGCUACCACUGUCUGCCAGCCCAAUGAAUUCAUCAUGCCUGACAAUGCUGUGCCAGGAGAUGUGCUCGUACUGACCAAGCCCCUGGGGACGCAAGUGGCCGUAGCCGUGCACCAAUGGCUAGACAUUCCCGAGAAGUGGAAUAAAAUCAAGCUGGUGGUUACCCAGGAGGAUGUGGAACUGGCGUACCAGGAAGCAAUGAUGAACAUGGCGAGACUUAACAGGACAGCCGCCGGCCUCAUGCACACGUUCAACGCACACGCAGCCACAGACAUCACAGGCUUCGGGAUCCUGGGCCACGCGCAGAACCUGGCGCGCCAGCAGCGCAACGAGGUGUCAUUCGUCAUCCACAAUCUGCCCGUGCUGGCCAAGAUGGCAGCCGUGAGCAAGGCCUGCGGGAACAUGUUUGGGCUCAUGCACGGCACCUGCCCCGAGACCUCAGGAGGCCUCCUCAUCUGUCUGCCCCGUGAGCAGGCAGCCCGCUUCUGCGCCGAGAUCAAGUCCCCCAAGUAUGGAGAAGGGCAUCAGGCAUGGAUUAUUGGGAUCGUGGAGAAGGGUAACCGCACAGCCCGGAUCAUAGAUAAGCCUCGGAUCAUCGAGGUCGCCCCGCAGGUGGCCACACAGAACGUGAACCCCACGCCCGGUGCUACCUCCUAAUCCUGGGCCCCAGCAGCCACAGCCCGGCUCCGGGAGUGAACUGGUUUCUCCCAUCGUUCUAUUUUCCUUCCUCGCCACUUCAGACUGGAAACAAGAAGCUGCAAGAAUCUCGAGGUCGGAACCCGCACAGCUGGGUCAAGGCGGCCUCCGGGUGAGUUGGAUGCCAGGAGCAGAAACUCGUCCGUCCAGGGCCGCCUUCGCCUCCUGCUCCCAAGUCGCCAAUGGUCAUCGUGGUUCUCCGACACUGUUGAUUCAUUUGGAGUCGAGUUUAGACUCUUCCAAGUUUUCUCUGCCGCAUAGGCGCUGCUGAAAGGUGCUUGUUGUCCACAGC